AUGGCGACCCCGGACCCGUGGCUCAAGAGCCUCGACAGCCUCGAACUUCGCCUCGAUGCAUGCCGGGACGAGGACAUGUCGGACGAAGGAGAUACAGAACCCCACCGCACGCAGUUCACAAAGACCCUCGAGGACGUCUGCGCUGUCGUCCGUGACGCAGAGCGCAAGGGGUCCCCCGAUCUCCCGAGGAUCGUCGAGAAGGCGGAACAGAUUCUUAUGGAUGCAAUCUGGUACGCGCGCAGCGCAGAGUCCGAGUUACCGACGUCUUCCUUUGCACACUCGGAGGACGAGCCGUUGCUGGAGGACUCAAUGGAGUACCCAGGCUCUGAUCUUGUCGAUGCGCUCAAGCUCUUCUCCCGCAUGCUGAACGCUAUGAAUCCUGGUACCGGCCCAUCGAUUCCAAUUUCGAACCUCCCAGGACUGGCCGAUGCCCCAUCCUGGAUCGAUUCUCUCCACCCCCACCCCCUGACAACGCGCCUUUCGCGAUUCCGAGAGGGUUACACUCCGAACACUACCACCUUGACCCCCUUGGCGCACACGAUUUACCAGGCGCGUGCUCAACUCACGAUCGACUCCCUUGCAUCCGGUCCGUGGGAUAUGUCACUGUCAUCUGGAGGAUCCAUCUUGGCGCUCUCGGGCGGUAGCGGCUGGAAACUCCGCGAUCCGUGCUUGCAGUGGUACCCGCUAGGACAACAAUCCGAAGAUUCCCUCGAGGGCGGCGGCAUGGACCCAGGACUGGCGCAAGUCGCCCGUUACAUCACAGCUGACGAGUCACGCAAGCUCAUCUUUCUUGGGGAUGACGACCGUGUCAAGUCGUUCUCUUUCAACUCGACCACUCGUGGGAGGCGUCGCGACGAGCUGCCAAAUGUCCACACCAUGAACUCCCGCCAGUUCCGCGGUCCAAUCCUUGUCCUUCCGGACGGGCGCCUCGCGCGUGCGGGGAAAGGUCGCGCAGCCGUAUGGAACGUUGACGCUCUGGAGACCCAUCAAGACAAACCGGGCGAGCUCAUCGGUCCUGGGGAGGUUAACCUCGAAGACACCUGGCGCGACAACGACGGUGAUGACAUCGAGUUGUCAACCGGAACCGUUCCCACCACCUCCACACCCUUUGGAGAUCCCAAUUUCUCGCCCAACGUCCUCCAUUUGCACCAACCAACGGGGCAUGUGCUAUUUGGCGCCCACAGUGAUGAUAAAGUGUCGUGCGCUAUGCUUGACCUGGAGGCCGGUGGGCGGAUCGUCACCCGCUUCUUGGGGCACGGCGGGGAGGUCGCGCACAUCUCGACGGACUCUAGGGGCAACCCGAACUUGUUCGUCACCGCUUGCACAGAUGGUUAUGCACGCAUGUUCGACGUCCGUCACCCAUUGCCAGUUCUCACGUUCAACGUGGAGAGAGAGAAGUCGCACUGUGGGGACGUUGUGUUGGUCCAUCCUGACGGUAUCCCCACGCUGUUCACGGCUGGUACGCGAUCGCACCAAGUCAAGCUUUGGGACAUUCGAGCGAAGCAGUGCGUCUACGAACUCUCUACCGGCAACAACGACGUCAACGGACUAGCUUGGGACUCGGCCACAUCCUCGCUCUUUGUGGCGACCGAGUGCGAGAACAUGGAUCGCAUGGGCAACCGUAUGGACUACCGUCGGGCGCGCGUCCCGCGCUGGGCAACUUGGAAGGCUGCCCAGGCGGCAUAUAAGCGCUAUCAGGAGGCGAUCGAGCGCGGAGAGGCGAUCACGGAGAACACUGGCCCUGUCACGUACGACCAAACUGUGGUUGACUCAGAGGAGGGUGAGGAAGAUGAAGAGUGGGAGGAUGAUGAGGACGACGACGAUAUGGACGACGAGUACGACGACGGCAAACGGUGGCCGAAGAGGACUUUCCACAGGGAGGACUACUUUGGCUACACGUACGACGCCGGAGACCAUAUGCUCUUCCGCUGGCAGUUCAAGGAAAUCCCGGACUGCUCCCAGCUUCCACCCAGCUUUGACUGA